AUGUGGCGAAAUUGGCUGUCAAGGUCACCGACACCUUCUCGACACGGUGACGAGGAGGAAUGUAGAUCGGCCACCCUGCCACGUCAACAACACCACCAGCACCGAGACGGUCCUGAGGCGUCUCAUCGACCUAGCAGUUUAAAUGCCCCUCGAGAGAAGAAGAGUCGCUUCGACUUUCUUCGACCAAAACGGUGGCGCACUCUAUCUCGCUCGCGUCACACUUCACCCAAACGCCAUUGCUCCACAUCAGCUGAAGACGUUGCGACUCGGCAUAGUAGUAGCGGCUCUCGUACCCCAACCAACGAGGAAGCAAAUCGCACAGCCCUUCCACUUUGCCUACAUGACUCUGUCUCCACGGGGAUAGAUGAUGUCACUCCCAAAGCGGAAGACGCGGAUAAAUCAAUAAAGAUGUCGCUUGAGUCCUCAGGCGACAAAGAGAUCAUCGGGACAUCCACCCAUGCUCUCGAGUCGAGACGAUUGAGUAGAAAAGACUCAGGCAAAGAACAAGCCCAACACCAAACCUCAAAGCCUUCACUAUUCCAUUUUGUCAAAAAGACGUCCGAGAGGAAUGAAGAUCAAACGGUCAGUCAUUGA